UGGAGUCAGUGUAGAGCUGGGCGACGUUGAAAUAAAAAUAAAAUAAAAUAAAAUAAAUACAUUGUUGGGGAAGAUUAUGUAUAGCCAUUCUCAUGCUUGUUAGGUAUCUUUCCUUUGAGAGGAACCGUAUCGGACCACACAGAAGAAGCUUAAGAAGUACAAACGACAAGAACGUGAAGUGAUCUUUUACAAGUCCAAGUCACUUUAUCGCACAUUUCAGAGAGUUCUGGAAGACUGCCCUGGAUAUAACACACACACACACACACACACACACACACACGCAUAUACACAAACAGUCUAACACACACACACACACGCUCCCCACUACAGCUGGGGUACCAGGAUCUGUUGCUACCUUUUACUGGGACUGUGCUCUGCUGUUCAGCUCUCCAAAGACCUGUGUGUUGGAUACCAACAGGGACACCGUUUUGACAUAAUUUUGAAAAGUUCAAAAAAAGAUUUUCUCCUUUGUUGGACUUUGUUGUGGAUCUAACUGGGAUUGCUGGGUUUAUUAUGCACUUCAAUGACUACAAGCGGCUCAGUGGCUAAAAUGGGAGAUGAGAAGAAUUCUGUUCGUGUUUGCUACAGGAUGGAGGCCUCUUGUGUGGAGCUGGCUCUGGAGGGUGAGCGUCUGUGUCAGGUGGGCGAUUAUGGCGCAGGUGUAUCGUUCUUCGAGGCUGCCAUCAAGGUGGGCACAGAGGACCUUCAGGUGCUGAGCGCCAUUUACAGUCAGCUAGGCAAUGCAUACUUCCACCUGCAAGAUUACAGCAGAGCUCUGCAGUUCCACCACCAUGACCGAACACUCACCAGGACGAUGGGAGAUGUGCUGGGAGAGGCCAAGGCCUGCGGUAACCUUGGCAACACGCUGAAGGUGUUGGGACGCUUUGAUGAAGCCCUGGAUUUCUGCCAGAGACACCUGGACAUCUGCAGAGAUGCUGGAGACAAGGCGGGGCAGGCCAGAGCGCUGUAUAACUUUGGGAAUGUGUACCAUGCUAAAGGGAAGAGUGUCUGCAGCAGUGACUCAGAGCCUGGAGGCUUCCCUGAGGAGGUUACUACUGCCCUCAGAAAAGCAGCACAGUAUUAUGAGGCGAACCUGUCUAUCGUGAAGGAACUGGGAGAGCGAGCAUCUCAGGGUCGCACCUGUGGGAACCUGGGCAACACCCACUACCUGCUCGGUGACUUCCGCAACGCUGUGGUCUCCCACCAACAGCGGCUCCUCAUCGCUAAAGAGUUUGGUGAUCAGGCAGCAGAGAGGCGGGCCUACUGUAACCUAGGAAACGCCUACAUCUUUUUGGGCGAGUUUGAGAAAGCCGCUGAACACUACAAAAGAGCUCUGCAACUUGCGCGACUGCUCCAGGAUCGAGCUGUGGAAGCUCAGGCGUGUUACAGUCUGGGCAGCACAUACACACUAGUGCAUGACUAUGAGAGAGCGGUGGACUACCACCUCAAACACCUGCUCAUUGCACAGGACCUCAACGACAGGGUCGGGGAAGGCCGUGCCUAUUGGAGUUUAGGUAAUGCGCACACAGCACUGGGCAAUCAUGAUCAAGCUAUGCACUUUGCAGAGAGACAUCUGGAAAUCUCUAGAGAGACAGGAGAUCGUAGUGGAGAGCUGACUGCCCGUAUGAACAUGUCAGACCUCCAGUUGGUCCUUGGCCUCAGCUACAGCACCAAUGGCUCCAUCUUGUCAGAGAGCAAAGAGAUCAACUCCAACCUGCAUGGAGCGAGGUGCAGGAUGAGCAGACGCCACAGCAUGGAGAACCUUGAGCUGGUGAAACUAACUCCAGACAAGCUCAGUGGUCAGCAGAGGGGACGUGGUGUUCUGAGCAGUCUGCCCAAGGCCCUGCUGACUCAGUCUGCAUCCAGGUUGUUUUCUCUGAACCGUCUACGAGGCAGGAAGCAGAUGAGCAGCUCCAGCAAAGUCCUGCAGGACUCCAGCAACACCCGGAAGCCACCGAGCCGCCUGUCUGUGCACAAGCGUACAAGCAUGGACAUGUUGGGUGACGAGGGAUUCUUUGAUCUGCUGAGUCGUUUCCAGGGCAACAGGAUGGAUGACCAGCGCUGCUCUGUUCCGCAUGGGUGUGACCGCCGGGUCCCUGCUGUCUCAAGCUCCGCCUUCUCUUCAAGCCCGCCCACAAACAUGAAAAAAUCUUUCGGCAAGAGUGCGGCAUCUUCAGGCCAGAAGGCGUUCCUGGGAGCACUGGUGAGUGCUCAGGGCCAGAGGCUGGAUGAACAGAGAGAGUCAGCUGGGUUCUCCAGCCCGCAGAGCCAUGGGGCCGACCUGGGUCGGGCCAGGCCAGGCCGGAGCGGUCAGCUGGUGGCCAGCACAGGUGCUGGUGAGCCCGAUGACCAGUUCUUCGACAUGCUGGUGAAGUGUCAGGGCUCUCGACUGAAUGAUCAGAGGUGCGCUCCUCCCCCUGUUCCAGUCCGUGGUCCCACCCUCCCUGAUGAGGACUUCUUCAGUCUCAUCAUCCGCUCACAGGCCAAGAGGAUGGACGAGCAGAGAGUCACACUACCAUCCUCCCGUUAAACACACACACACACACACACACACACACACAAACUUUCAGUGCACUGAGAAUGCACACACACAGAUUUAAU